AUGGAUGGACAGUUCCAGAUGGUCCAAGAAGACCAACUGGUAGUAUGUAGCAACUGUGCCGAGGGCGAAGGAGAAGGCGGGCAGCAACGGGCGGGCAGACGGUUCGCGUGUCGACCGCUUAUCUUGUUACGCCUGUCGCUGUCAAGCACCGUCGCCUUGGGUUCCACUCAAAUGCUUGGCUUUGUUAGCAAAUUCUCCGUUGACAAUUAUAAAUUAUAG